AUGGCAGUGUGGUUGCAGGAGUUCAACUCCACUGUCUCUCCCACAUUCCUGUCCACUCUCGAGGACGUAGAAAAUGUCUCGCUGCACUCUAGUAGUCCUCACCCACCUGCUGGCAUCAAUGUCACAUACCUGAACUUCUACCUCCACAAUGCACCGGUGUCAGCCAUCUUCAUCGUGUCCUACCUUCUCAUCUUCGUCAUCUGUAUGAUGGGCAACGGGGUGGUGUGCUUCAUUGUGCUGCGGAGCAAGACCAUGCGCACUGUCACCAACCUCUUCAUCCUCAACCUGGCUGUCAGUGAUCUGCUGGUGGGCAUUUUCUGCAUGCCAACCACACUUGUGGACAACAUUAUCACAGGUUGGCCAUUUGGAAGUUUGGUGUGCAAGUUGAGUGGGAUGGUACAGGGAAUAUCAGUGUCUGCUUCAGUCUUCACUCUGGUAGCAAUUGCUGUUGACAGGUUCCGCUGCAUUGUCUACCCUUUCAAACAGAAGCUCACCAUCUCUACCUCUACUCUCAUCAUCAUCAUCAUUUGGGUGCUGGCCAUCUCCAUCAUGUGCCCGUCGGGUGUCAUGCUCCAGGUCACCAAGGAGAACCGUGUGUCCAUUCUGCUGGGUGAGGGCAAUGGCACACGCCCCUUCUUCUGGUGCCGUGAGAACUGGCCCAGCCCAGGCAUGCGGAAGAUCUACACCACUGUCCUCUUUGCCAACAUCUACCUGGCCCCUCUGACCCUCAUCGUGAUCAUGUACGCCCGAAUCGGGAUUGCUCUCUUUAAGUCACCGAUUCCUACCUUUGCUGGCCGGAUUGGGUCUGACUCUGCCCACGGCUCCACCUCAGGGCCUGGCCCGGGCAAAGCAGGCAGCUGCGAGGGCCGGCAGACAGUGUCAAGGAAGAAGAAGCAUGCAGUGAAGAUGCUGCUGGUGGUGGCACUGCUCUUUAUCCUCUCCUGGCUGCCCCUGUGGACGCUGAUGAUGCUGAGCGACUACGCUAGCCUGAGUGAACGGCAGCACCGGGUCAUCAACAUCUACGUCUACCCGCUGGCCCACUGGCUGGCCUUCUGUAACAGCAGUGUCAACCCCAUCAUCUACGGUUUCUUCAAUAAGAACUUCCGCCGUGGCUUCCAGGCUGCCUUCAAGCUGCAGCUUUGUGCAGCCCAGCGGGGACGGAGGAAGACCUACUCACACCAGGUCCAGGGCAAUGCUGUCAUGCCUGCCAGCAUGCACCUGAGUGAGGAGGGUGAGGGCAGAGCCAGGGGUCCAUAUGCGGGGUCAGGCCUUGGCCAAGGGUUUGGGGGGGUGAGAAAUGGCAAAGGUCUCAGUGAGGGCUGCCACUCUUCGCAAAAGGAGAAAGAGAAGCAUCUAAUUGUGGAGGAUCCGCAAAAGGUGUGUAGGAGGAUUUGUGCACUAAAUAAAGCUCAAGUUUAG